GAAAAGACUCGGACGAAAUGCUUUUGUUGUGGACAUACUCGCAGAAUUGUGGAUUUGUGGGGUGCGUUCAAGUCGCUAUGGGUAAUUUAUACGGUUUACGGACUUGUGAUCCCGAAAGCAGUGAUACGAGCAUGUUGGACAACGUCUCGCCGUUGUUUGAUGAUCGCAUUUUCACUGCCGUGCUCUCCUUACCGGUACGGGGACUCCCCGCUGGCUCAGCUGGUUGUGGAAAUUUUUCGUGGUUUGUGAUGGCUAUUAGUGUUUGCUAACUAGAACUGUGAUACUCAGAUGGCGUGCUCUGACUUUGUUUUUUUCCCCCUCCCCCCUCCCCUCUACGAGGUGCCCCACGCUCCUGAGAAGCUUCACUACUUUAUACCCCUCCAAUCUCCGUCUCCCUCUUUCGUCUUUCACUCCUCAGACUGCUCUACCACAAGUUUCCUUGAUAUCGCUUUAUUCAAUUCAACCUCGAAUACCUCAAGAGUGACCCUCCACACACAAACACGCCACAAUCACAGGAGAAAAAAAUAAAAAAAAUGUCACGCUUUGAGACUCUCUGCUUGCAUGCUGGGUGGGUGUACCCUCCCCCGUCUUUGUUUGUUUGUUUGUUUGUCUGUUUGAGGCUCCUUGAAUGUACUGAGGGAAUGGGAUUUGUCGCUCACGUGAAAUUUUUGCAGCCAAGAACCCGAUCCUGCCACCAACGCCCGUGCCGUGCCUAUUUAUGCCUCCACCGUAUGUUCCCCGCUACAUGUCGAGCUGUGGGGUGGAUCAGAGCUCAGCUAACCACCUUGAGUGGGGUAGUCUUUCGUCUUCAAUGAUUCCGCUCAUGGCGCACGUCUUUUCGGGCUCAAGGAGUUUGGUGAGCCACUUGCCAUUGCCCCCCCUUAUCCUCAAUAAUUUGCUGACCCCCCAUGGCACCACAGGCAACAUCUACAGCCGUAUCAUGAACGUAACUCGGCCUGCCCUUGUGGAUGUUUUCUUUUUUCCUUUGGGAUAUUGCUCACAGGGUUCCAACUUUAGCCUACCGUCGAUGUCUUUGAGAAGCGUAUCGCGGCGCUUGAGGGCGGUGUGGCUGCCGUUGCUGCUAGCUCUGGCCAAUCUGCUCAAUUCAUGGCCAUUGCGGCGUUGGCACAUGCUGGUGACAACAUUGUUUCGACCUCCUACCUCUACGGAGGAACAUACAAUCAAUUUAAGGUCUUCCUCCCUCGCUUGGGAAUUCACACCAAAUUCGUGAACGGGGACAAGCCUGAGGACAUUGCUGCGGCGAUCGACGACAAGACCAAGGCGGUAUACAUUGAAAGUAUUGGAAAUCCGAGGUAUAAUGUUCCGGACUUUGAGGCUAUUGCCAGGGUCGCCCACGAUAAAGGAGUACCGUUGGUCGUUGAUAACACAUUCGGAGCCGGAGGCUACUUGGUCAGGCCCAUCGAACACGGUAUUUCACUGCUAUACAUAGUUUAUCACUCGGGGCUGUGACUAACCGCCUGUAGGUGCUGAUAUCAUCGUGAACUCGGCAACAAAAUGGAUCGGCGGCCACGGGACGACAAUCGCGGGAGUGGUGGUCGAUAGCGGUAAAUUUGACUGGGGGAAGAAUGCCGCACGAUUCCCCCAAUUUGUCGAGCCGUCGGAGGGUUACCACGGGUUGAAGUUCUGGGAAACCUUUGGACCAAUCAGCUUCGCCAUCCGUGUCCGUGUUGAAAUCCUCCGUGACCUUGGCUCUUGCUUGAACCCGUUCGGCGCGUUCCAGUUGAUACAGGGUCUUGAGACCCUGAGUCUGCGUGUUGAGCGCCAUGUCAGCAACACGCUUGCGCUUGCACGCUGGCUGGAGAAGCAUGAGAGGGUCGCGUGGGUAUCUUAUCCAGGACUCGAAUCCCAUCCAUCACACGAGAUAGCGAAGAAGUACCUUAAGCGUGGGUUCGGUGGAGUGUUAUCUUUUGGAUUGAAGGGUGGAGAAAGUCAAAUCGUCUCGAUGGUGGACAGUCUGAAGCUGGCUUCCAACCUCGCUAACGUUGGUGACGCAAAGUAAGUCGGACUGACCCUACCCCACUCCCACCCCCUAUUCCAUCCCGAUUAUUGACCCACACGAACCAUCUUAUCACCUCCCCGCGUGUAUCGGAUUGCAGAUCGGAGCGGGGUGCUAGAGAUAUUUUUAUUUUAUUUCUGGCCCUAUUUUUUUUCCUUCUCUUUUCAAUUUUUGCAAAGAAACGAAAAAAAAGACGCCCUGUCCCUUGAGAGAUGGUUGUGAGAUACCCCGCUAAUGGGCUUACUUUGCACAGGACCCUGGUCAUCCACCCUGCAUCAACUACCCACGAACAACUCACCGAUGAAGAACAACUCAAUAGCGGAGUCACAAAGGACCUCAUCCGGGUUUCCGUAGGUAUCGAGCAUAUCGAUGACAUCAUCGACGAUUUUGUUCAAGCCUUUGAGAAGAGCGGUGCAAAACCGAACGGCGCGGCGGAGGGUCUUGCAGACCUGCGCGCCUAGGCCCUUCUUCUCGACGGAUUUCCUAUGAUCUUUGUACUAGCGAGACGGUAGCCACUGGGCGUUUGUGAUAUUCUCUUUCACUUUUUCUCUUACCUUAAAUCUUGUCACACGUUUUGUUUCUCUCCUCAGAAUCGAACACUGAAUUGGUAGCAUCUCUCCGUUCUGUUUUCCCCGCACUUGUAACUUUGAAUGACAUUCGUUCGCAACAUUUUGAUUGGCUUCUUAGUUUUGCGUGCUCCACGGUCAUUCUCUAUGGGUGCCUGUGCGGGUAUAUCGCGUAACUUAUACCGUCUAACCCCGUCUGGUCCAGUGUGGUUUGGUGUACCGUAGUUAGUGUGUGAUCCGAGAUAUGGGGCGAUCGGUGCGCGUACUUAUACUCGAGUAAAUUUAGGGCGCUGGAGAGACAUGACGGGUGAUAGUACAGUACAGUACCGGUACCCUACG